ACUUGAAGACAAGUUUCCCCUCUGUUUCUGUUCCUUAAGAACUUGAGGGAACAAAAGAGAAUGCUUCUCAUUAAUUAUCUGUGUUCUGUCUCAUGAAUCUUGUUCCUGAGACAGAACACAGUACCUGUUCCUUUACAUUUUCAGGGCCUGUAAAUAACAAACGUCUGAAACGUCUAAACAAUGCACAGGAAUAUUGGCAAACUUCUUAAAAUUAUGCCUUUUAGAGUGUCAUUUGUGCAGCACAUUUAAAUAAUUUCUAGUUUUCUCAAACUUGCAAAUCAGUGACUUCAUUGCCUAAGAAUACCUGCAAAAAGACAAAAGUUCACGUGUGUCAUUCUGCUUUCGUCCUGCACCGUAUCUACAAGCUGGUAACACGCACAUACCGGUUCAACAAUCGUCACCUUUAUAUCAUUAUAGUGAUCCACUGUCACGCGCAUCUUUAUGGUAGCUCGACUGAAACAAAUGGGCCUUUUAUGCGCCCGUCAUUAAAACGUGAUCAUCGCCGGAUGAGCACUAAACAAAUUGAUUUAAUAUCCACCGUAACCUUGUACACAGUCUUUAAAGAAAUUAAUACAUCCAAAUGAAUUAACGCUUCAUUUGUUCAAACGCACCACGGUUAGCCAAUUAAAAAUUCAUGCAGUGAUUAGAGGUUUGUGAAAUAUACAUGAUAUCGUUAAAUUUGCAUACUAAAUUAAGGCAUUGUGCCGUGUUGCACAACAACCUUUGUGAGAAAGGUCUUUGCGGUGUCUUGCCUUUGCAUCAAUGUCAAUAUUAACUCUAAUGCAUUGGCAGUAACGUGACGUGCUUUUGAAGUCAGCUUUGGGCAUGCAAAAUAACACGAUUUCUUCUGUGUAGCCCCUAUCGCCGGACUGGCCUGCGGGCAAACGCCAUUUUACAUACGAGAGAUCAGUAUCUUUAGAAGUCAUUUCCAGCUUACAUGGCUGACACGGCAAGGCUGCUCUACGGCCUGAAAGUCAUGACAGUCUUGUAAAUGUUGCAGAAGAUCUCUGUAGCUUUCUGUGUCUCAGGCUAUUUGGGAGAUCUGGUCCGAGAGACCUUAAGAAUAGGCAACGGCCAGUACAAGGAAAUACCUGUAUAUAUACGUAUACAAAUUAAAUUAAAUGUACACCAGUCCUACUUAACAAACUGCCAAAAUGUGUCUGACUCAUUCUGACUUGGCGUUUCCAAACGAAAAUGGCCUGCUAUUUGAAAAAAGACAUUAAGGAAAUAAGAAAAAUAUGAUAUGAUUUGUCAUGAGCCUCAUCAUUUAUAGCACAUACUUUACAUAGUCAAAACCUUUGGUAGCAAAAAAAACAAACCCAAACGACAAAACUAAAAUAAACCCAAACAGCUUUAUCAGCACACGUGGUUCACAUAGCUUUGAUUUCUUUUAUUGAAACGCAGUUUUAUUCCGGUGAAUACGCAUGCGCGGUUGAUCCACAGGUGUAGAGCCCUUUGCCGUCCUCAUAUUCGUGCUCGUCCGGGCCAGAGGGGAGAAGAGAAGAGGAUAGGACGGGAGGAGAUGAGAACAGAAGAGGGAGAGGGGGAGAAGGAGAGGCGAGAGUCACUUGCGCUCGAAGCGGGCCCGUUAUCUGUCAGGCUGCACCGUUCCAUGUCUCGCGAGAGAAGGCGCGCUUGCUUGACGAGAUCUGAAGGGCUCAGGUGUUAGAGCACUUCCCAUCCCUCGCGCUGCCGAGCGGCAGACAGACACGCGCGACCAAGAGACUGCAGGCAUCUCCGCUGCAUCUCGUGGGCUUGAAGCUGCGCAUCAUUACCGCCGGACACACACACUUACACACACAUACCCACACACCAAAAGGGGAUUUGUUUAUUCGACUUGUUUUUUUUUCUCGACAGUUCCUUUGCUGUUGUUGUUUUCUUCCCUCGACUCUCGGGCACUUUAUCUAUUUGAUUUUGAAGAGAAGAAGCUCGCAAACAUGAUGUCCAUGAACAGCAAACAGGCGCAUUUCGCCAUGCAUCCGAGCUUACCGGAGCACAAGUACACAACUCUGCAUUCCAGCUCAGAAGCCAUCCGAAGAGCAUGUCUGCAAGCUCCACAGCUGCAGAGUAACAUAUUUGCAAGUCUGGAUGAGACUCUGCUGGCCCGCGCCGAAGCUUUGGCGGCCGUGGAUAUCGCGGUGUCUCAGGGCAAGACUCACCCGUUCAAGCCGGACGCGACCUACCACACCAUGAACAGCGUGGGAUGCUCUAACUCCACCGUGCCACUGGCCCAUCACCAUCACCACCACCACCAUCCCCACCAGAACCUGGAACCUCCGGACCUCAUGGACCAUAUCACUUCCCAGUCGCUCUCCCUCAUGAGCAGCGCACACGACGGGGCCGGAGGCGGUGGUGGUGGGGGCGGCGGGGGUCUGAUCUCCACCUCGGCUCACCCACACUCGCACAUGCAUGGCUUGAGCCACCUCUCUCACCAGGCUAUGAACAUGAAUUCGCCCCUAACACAUCACGGGCUCUUGCCCGGACACGGACACCAUGGCGGUGGUCAGGGCGGACUCAAUAACAAUGGACUGCCCUCAAUCACUGACUCGGACACAGACCCAAGGGAGCUAGAGGCUUUUGCUGAGCGUUUCAAACAGAGACGGAUCAAGCUCGGGGUUACCCAGGCGGACGUUGGCGGUGCCCUAGCUAACCUGAAAAUUCCCGGUGUGGGCUCGCUAAGCCAAAGUACCAUUUGUCGAUUCGAAUCGUUAACUCUGUCGCAUAACAACAUGAUCGCGCUCAAACCCAUUCUUCAGGCGUGGCUGGAGGAGGCCGAGGGUGCCCAGAGAGAUAAAAUGAACAAACCCGACCUUUUCAAUGGAAGCGAGAAGAAGCGAAAGCGAACGUCGAUAGCAGCGCCAGAGAAACGUUCUUUGGAGGCUUACUUUGCCGUACAACCUCGACCGUCCUCUGAGAAAAUAGCGGCGAUAGCAGAAAAGUUGGACCUGAAAAAGAACGUAGUGCGGGUAUGGUUUUGUAACCAAAGACAAAAACAGAAGCGGUUGAAAUUUUCGGCUACGCACUGAUGGACGCACACGUGUUGUUUGGACUGAAUUUGGGGACCAAGGAACAUACACACAAACAUCGUUUUCGGUCUGCUUUUGACGCGGAAGAUUUUCAAAGCGGUGUGGCUACAGACAAAUAUGAUUCUUACUCGGUUUUGUGAGGUUUGAUAAUCCCACCGAUUUAUUUUCACGAAACUGGUGAAUGUGAAGUAUGCAAAUAACAGGUAAUUCAGACCAACUAAUUUCACAGUUGCUCUGAUGAUACAAAAACAGUCCUAGUGUUCUCUGCCUUUUGGAGAAAAAAAAGAUUGCGAAACUAAAUGAAGUUAAGCUUUACUUUUAUCGAGUUACUUUUUUCCAGUAACACUUAUUUUAAAAAUAUCAAAACAGCCAUGGAAGGAUUACCUCAUUGUUUAGCGCUAUGUUGUUUUACUGAUUUAUGUAUUUAUUUAUUUAUCUAUUUAUUUACUUAAAUAUUUAUGUAUUUAUUUAUCUGUUUGUAAAAGUGUUCAGAUGUUACCGAGUUUGGAUAUGCCCAAAAGCAGACUCCAUAAUAUCAGUCUUAACCAAUUAUCAACGAGUUCUCUCAUUUCGUGUUCCAAAGGUCUGUCUAACUGGAGGAUAUUAAAAUGAAAAAAAAAAAGGCACGGCAGGAGAGAUAGAUUAUGAGUCCCUUUUCACCUCAGAGGGCAAACUGAAGUUGGCCAUCACCACACGUGUUUAUUUUGAAUCUGCACUGAAAUUUGCUGUUGUUUAGAUUGGUUAGAUUAUAUUAGAACAAUUUUUGUAUAUAUACAAACGAAAACACUUGCUCUCAGAGCUAUAAGACGAGUCCAAAUUUUCUUUCAUCCAAAAAGAUUUCAAUAUUUUGUUGUCAUUGGCGUUUGUUGCCCAACGAAAAUGUCCAAUGAUGGAAAUAUUUAACACUCGCAUGAUUCAGACAAUAUACUUUACGUUCAGACGGAAAAAUGUAUUCUGGAAGAUAAAAAAAGAGAAUCUUUAUUUCUUUUGUAUAUUUUGGUUUGCAGUGCAAACAUUCUAUGCAUUUACAAAAAAAAAGCACUACAUAGAGUAUCUACUGGUAGGCCUUUGUGGAUGGUGUAAAAUCACUGUUAAAUGCCUGUUUUCACACAUUGACACAACGUUGUUUGUCGUGUUAAUUGUUAAAAGAAAAAAAAGACUAAAGAAAAAAGUUUGUGUAAGUAAUAAUUUAUUUUGUGCACACGUAUGUUUACAACGAGGCCACAUGUGUGUCACACUUUCAUACCUGUGCACCCAUCCGUUCGUGGAGCUGUCUCCUCUGUUGUCCUCUCCUUCAGUUUUACGUUCACUCACUCCAUCUUCUGUCCAUCAUUCUGUAAGCCAAAUCCAAGCAGAGGGGUCUGAGUUCCUAGUGAUCUUCUAAAUAAAUGAACGAAAAGGAAAAAAAA